AUUGUUGUUGUUCCUUUUUCCAGUUUCUUUAUUUGAAUAGAAGCCGGUUCAUUGUUAAUGUCCAAACUUUCAAUUGUAUCCAUGUUUUUUUAAUCUUUCUGCCAAUAAUUUUACUGUUUUUUUUCUUCUUCGGCCAGUGUAUGCUUAUCAAAUAGCAGUUCUCUUUCUCUCGACAAACGACACAAGAUUGCUUGUCGAAAACAGAGACUGAGCCACAACAGAGAGCGACAGUGAAGGUGGACACAUGAUGGCCAACACAUCGAUCAUACUCCACAACGCCGUGAUCGUGACCAUGGAUCCCGAACGCCGGGUGUUUCGCAACGGUGGGAUCUUCAUCCGACACGACACAAUCGAAGCCAUCGGUCACUCCCCCGAUAUUCUUCGCGAUUUCUCUGCUCUCGCCAACCAGACCAUCGAUCUCCACGACCAAAUCCUACUCCCAGGAUUCAUCAACACUCACGUGCAUUCUUCUCAGCAACUAGCGAGAGGGAUAGCGGAUGAUGUGGAUUUGAUGACAUGGUUGCACGGUCGCAUUUGGCCGUACGAAUCCAACAUGACUGAGGAGGAUUCCUAUAUCUCCACUCUGCUGUGCGGUAUCGAACUCAUCCACUCUGGUGUAACAUGCUUUGCUGAAGCUGGGGGGCAGCACGUAUCUGGAAUGGCGAGGGCAGUGGAGUUAUUGGGCUUGCGCGCAUGUUUGGCCCAAUCAACCAUGGAUUCUGGUGAGGGUUUGCCGGCAUCUUGGGCGACUAGAACAACAGAUGAUUGUAUUCAGUCUCAAAAGGAGCUCUACAACAAGCACCACAAUACGGCAGAUGGGCGCAUCAGAGUAUGGUUUGGAAUUAGGCAAAUCAUGAAUUCAACUGAUUGUUUACUGCUUGAAACUAGAGAUGCUGCGAGAGAACUGAAAACUGGAAUCCACAUGCAUGUUGCAGAGAUACCCUAUGAGAAUCAACUGAUGAUGGAUACUCGCAAGGUUGAUCAUGGAACAGUUACAUACUUACAGAAGAUAGAGUUCCUCCAAAACAAUCUGUUAUCAGCUCAUACAGUUUGGGUCAACAGUACUGAGAUUGGUUUUCUUGCAAGGGCUGAGGUCAAAGUAUCUCACUGUCCCGCUUCUGCAAUGCGAAUGCUUGGAUUUGCACCUAUUAGGGAGAUGCUUGAGGCUGGCAUUUGCGUCUCCCUGGGAACAGAUGGGGCACCAUCAAAUAAUAGAAUGAGCAUUGUUGAUGAGAUGUACCUCGCUUCUCUUAUUAACAAAGGACGGGAAGUUUAUGCAAAAGGAACCACUGAUCCCACUGCUCUUCCCGCCGAAACAGUCCUCAAAAUGGUGACACUAAAUGGUGCAAAAUCAGUACUCUGGGAUAAUGAAAUAGGUUCCCUUGAGGUUGGAAAAAAGGCUGACAUGGUUGUUGUCAAUCCUUCCUCUUGGUGUAUGGUUCCUGUUCAUGAUUGCAUAUCCAGCAUUGUGUACUGCAUGCGAAGUGAAAAUGUGGUCUCUGUUAUGUGCAAUGGCCAAUGGAUUAUGAAGGACAAGAAGAUUUUGCGAGUAAAUGAGGAAGAUGUUAUUUUGGUGGCACGGAAAGCUGCUAGCGAGAUUUUGAAGAGGGCAGGGAUAAUAAUUCCAAACAGAAUGAAUAUCCUGUAAUUGUUCAAUUUCUUUUGUGAUGAAAGUACUUCCUGAAAAGCAUUUGCCUUUGUAUGAUUGUAUUUUUUGAUGCUACCAUCUGAGACUACUCACUGCAGCUAAAAGCCUUGUUACUCGGGCUUCUCGUCUCCAUCUCCUAGUUUGCUCUUGGCACCUCAAGCAAUCUAGCUUGAUACCACAUAUUGCAUGCAAUGUGGAAAGCAUUUUCUUCAUUAA